CUUCCCCUUAAGAAUGUUUCUGAUCCGUCUUCUCUAUUCUUCUCUGAUAAUUAUGUUGUUCCUUUGUUGUACAAUAUUAUAACAUACAGUGCACUUGGCACAAAGCACUGACGAGUAAACCUUUUGAGUAGCCUGCAAAUGGCCACUGGGACUGAUUUUAGGGAGUGGCAUUGGUGCUGAUUUUCAAACACCACAGACCCUCUGAGGGAGAGCUAAAAUAUUGACCCUAACCUACAGACAAAGGGAGUAGUUCAAGACGCAAGGCUCUGACAUUCAUCCUUCAAUCCACAAAUGUCAAAACAGAUGACGUUGUCUUUCAUCUCAUUGCUGUUUUUGGGAGCUUGCUGCAUGAUCAACUUCCAUCUGUCUGGUUAAAGGCUGAAAAAUGAAUGCAGCACGUAGGGAAGCUGCAGCACCAUCAGCUGUGACGACUCCAGAGUCAGAGCCAGGUCACAAUGUCACAGAAACACCAAGCAGGCAUGAUGUGUUCUCACACAUGAAGAACAAAUUCAUGAAUGAACUGAGCAAAAUUCCAAUACCACCUUGGGCCUUGGCUGCCAUCAUAAUUGUCGUUUGCCUGCUCCUCCUGUGCUGCUGCUUCUGUGUCUGUAAGAAAUGCUGCUCCAAGAAGAAGAAACAAAAGAAAGGGAAAGACAAGGGCAAAGCUCAAAUCAACAUGAAGGAGGUGAAAGAUCUGGGAAAGAGAUACGUUGACAAGGUACAGCCAGAUGUGGAAGAUCUGGAUCCAAGUUUACUUGGAGAUGAAAAAAAAGAAGAGGAAAAGCUUGGAAAACUACAAUAUUCCCUGGAUUACGACUUCCAGAAUGGGCAGCUCAUUGUCGGGAUUAUCCAGGCAGCUGAACUGGCUGCCUUGGAUAUUGGUGGAACAUCUGAUCCCUAUGUGAAAGUUUUCCUCUUGCCAGAUAAGAAGAAAAAAUUUGAGACCAAAGUUCAUCGCAAGACUCUCAACCCCACUUUUAAUGAAUCCUUUACCUUUAAGAUUCCAUACUCAGAGCUCGGUGGGAAGACCCUUGUGAUGGCAGUAUAUGACUUUGACCGGUUUUCGAAGCAUGAUGCUAUUGGCGAAAUUCGGAUUCCGAUGAGCAGUAUUGAUCUAGCUCAUGUGAUUGAGGAGUGGAGAGACCUUGAGUCAGCUGAGAAGGAGGAGCAAGAGAAACUGGGCGACAUCUGCUUCUCUCUUCGUUAUGUCCCAACGGCAGGAAAACUUACAGUCAUUGUACUGGAGGCCAAAAACCUCAAGAAAAUGGAUGUGGGUGGACUUUCAGAUCCAUAUGUGAAGAUCCACCUCAUGCAGAAUGGCAAGAGGCUGAAGAAAAAGAAGACUACCAUUAAAAAGAACACUUUGAAUCCAUAUUACAACGAGUCAUUCAGUUUUGAAGUACCCUUCGAGCAGAUUCAGAAAGUCCAGGUGGUCAUUACCGUGCUGGAUUAUGACAAGCUGGGAAAGAAUGAAGCUAUUGGCAAGUGUUUUGUGGGAUGCAAUGCCACAGGCGCUGAACUUCGACAUUGGUCUGACAUGCUUGCCAACCCUAGACGGCCUAUUGCUCAGUGGCAUACCCUCCAGCCUGAAGAAGAGGUCGACAUUGCCCUGGGAAUCAAGACGUCAUGAUAUAGCACUCAGGGUAUUAGGAGUUGCAGUAGUUGAAUAAGCUUUGAACAGCCGUUUGUUUUUUGUGGCUAUUUGUAAAAUAUAUAACAAACAAGUUGUUGACGAACCUACACAUGUACCUGUUUCAGGAUGUCACAGUAUGCUCAGAAUAACCUUGAAUAAGCCCAGGUGUUUCUCUAUUUUUCAGGCAGUCUGUGCUCAAUGAUCAUAUUCAAGGGACUGUUUUUAUUCCAGACCUGGUUGUAUCGUUAUUUCCAUUAUCUGAUUGUGUAGCGUCGUGCCUGUGUUGUCAGGAGAAAGUUGGAAGGAAUGAGAACAAGGAGCACGGGGGAAAGAAAGGAUGGCGGAAAAAUAAAUUGAAAUCAAAAUAAAAGAAAGCAAACUAAAAGAUACAAAGAAGAUGGAAUGAAGGAAGAGAGAAAAGGGAAAGGUCUUAAACCGACCCGCUAAAAAUGUGAUCAGAGACUGCAGUGAACAGGCAGAAUUCUAUUUUGUGAACAGAUCUGUUGAAUAAAACUUAAGUUAUUGUUCCUCA